AAUAGAAUUGGGUCAUUGUCGUAAAAUUUCAAACGAUUGGUAGUAAAAAGUGAAACAUGUUGUGCACGCCGAGAUUUGGCUUUAAUAGUGAUGAAAGUGAUUCGGUUGGAGUUAAUUAGUGUUAAAAUGUAUCUGAUUUGCGAUGCUGGUGGUGUUUGAGUAAUGUAGGUUAAAAGGGUAAGCAGUAAGCCGAGAAGAAAAACGUGGUGAGUAUGUGUGCGGUACAAGAUAACGCGGUGGUUGGUAGUGGAGAAGAAGGUAAUGGUGAAAUGUAGAAACGUGCAAAUCGAUCAAAGUGGUCCUGCGUGGUGGUGGUAGCGUAGCAAGUGACAGCCGACGCGAAUCGUCGAAGGUCGUGCGACGUCGAGGAUCGUGGGGUAAACUCGACGCUGCUUGGUAGCGUAGCUCCGCACUGACCGCAGUAAGCAGUGUGUGAGACAAUAACGACGGCAAUAUGAUUGCACGCGUGGCUGAAAUAGAUCAGUGCAUGUUCUCACGACCGAAGUUUUGUUGAUAUGCUAUUCAACGGACGGUGGCUAGCAAGUGCCGAUGAUCGGACAGUGCAUAACCAAGUCUCGAAGAAAAAACACAAGAAGCUCAAGCUUUGGGGAUUGGAGACGAGACACUGACUGACUGACUGACUGAGGGAACAUUACACAUUUGGUGAAUAAAAUAGAUUUGUAUUGAAGAAGAAUUAGAGUUGAGUUUGGAAGGCUCAGCUGCCAGAUAUGCGUGCGUAAAGGCAGGAGAGAAAGCAGCGGAGGCAGCAGGAGCAGCGAGAGCUGGCAGAAGGUUGCACGCUGCGUAAGAGAGAGUGUGUGUUAGUAUUAGUGAAUUAGAGAAAGUAGUUUCGUUCGCAAUAGUGCGAGGAACAUUCCGCCACACAGCAUGGCCUCGGUCGCCGCUUGGCUGCCAUUUGCCCGGGCGGCGGCCAUCGGCUGGGUGCCCAUCGCCACUCACCCACUUCCGCCGCCCCCAAUUCCGAAAGACAGAAGGAAAACAGAUGACGAGAAGCUGCUGAUCAACGUGUCGGGACGUCGCUUCGAGACAUGGAGAAAUACGCUGGAAAAGUAUCCCGACACGCUGCUAGGUUCGAAUGAGCGCGAAUUUUUCUACGACGAAGACUGCAAAGAGUACUUCUUUGAUCGCGAUCCCGACAUAUUCCGGCACAUUUUGAACUAUUAUCGAACUGGUAAACUGCAUUACCCGAAACACGAGUGCUUGACCAGUUACGAUGAGGAGUUGGCGUUCUUCGGCAUUCUUCCCGACGUAAUCGGCGAUUGUUGCUACGAAGAUUACCGCGACAGGAAGCGCGAAAAUGCUGAGCGCCUCAUGGACGAUAAGCUCUCGGAGAACGGUGACCAGCACCUGGAGAAACUGACCAACUUAAGGCAGAAGAUGUGGCGGGCGUUCGAGAACCCGCACACCUCCACGGCAGCCUUAGUUUUCUACUACGUAACGGGAUUCUUCAUCGCGGUAUCCGUGAUGGCGAACGUGGUCGAGACAGUACCAUGCGGAAGCAGGCCCGGUGGUGCCGGCUCGCUCCCCUGCGGAGAACGCUACAAAAUUGUGUUCUUCUGCCUGGACACUGCCUGUGUCAUGAUAUUCACCGCCGAAUAUCUCCUCAGAAUGUUCGCUGCUCCAAACCGAUACAAAUUCGUUCGAUCAGUGAUGAGUAUCAUCGACGUCGUCGCUAUUUUGCCUUACUACAUUGGCUUAGGGAUCACAGACAAUGACGAUGUGUCUGGCGCUUUCGUCACCCUUAGGGUAUUUCGAGUUUUCAGGAUUUUCAAAUUUUCCAGGCACUCGCAAGGUCUACGUAUCUUAGGUUACACACUAAAGUCCUGUGCUUCCGAACUAGGCUUCCUAGUUUUCUCCCUUGCUAUGGCAAUCAUUAUUUUCGCCACCGUCAUGUUUUACGCUGAGAAAAAUGUCGGAAAAACCUUCACAUCCAUUCCAGCCGCUUUUUGGUACACCAUCGUCACCAUGACCACCCUUGGGUAUGGCGACAUGGUACCGGCUACUAUUGCUGGUAAAAUAGUGGGAGGAGUUUGCUCACUUAGCGGUGUACUGGUAAUUGCUUUACCUGUACCUGUUAUUGUCUCCAAUUUCAGCAGAAUAUACCAUCAAAAUCAAAGGGCGGACAAAAGGAAAGCACAAAGGAAAGCCCGAUUGGCUCGAAUCCGUAUAGCCAAGGCUUCGUCGGGAGCGGCGUUUGUAAAUAAAAAGAAGGCGGCGGAGGCGCGCUUGGCGGCCCAAGAGUCGGGUAUUGAGUUGGACGACAACUAUAGGGAAGAGGAUAUAUUCGAGCUGCAGCACCAUCAUUUGCUGAGGUGCUUGGAAAAAACAACGGAUAGAGAGUUUGUGGAGCUGGAGGUGCCGUACAACGGUCAUCCGAAGCGGCCGGGUUCCCCUUCGCCAAUGGCGAGCCCAGCGCAUUCGGCGGUGUCGAUUGGGCUUCUGCAGUCGUGUUGCGGCAGGUGCUGCCCGAGGAGAUACCAGCAGGCGUGCGGUAAAUACAUGCCGGCCGCGUCGGCCGCUCAAACCAAUCAAACGGGAGGUGGAAUGGAUGGUACCUACCUCGUUGAGGCGUCUUUCUAAGACAUAUCACUUAACAAAGCAUCUGUUGCCUUUGCCGGACCACCGAUGCAGACUCCAUAAGACGAAGAUUUGAUUCAAAAGUCUCGCAACUUUCGUUCUCUAACAUUUCAUCGAUAUUGUUGUGUAAAAUGUGUAGCAUAAAUUGUGAUAUAGCUGAUAAUUACAAACAGUUCACUAAAUCUCCGUGUUUCUAUUUAAUAAUUAAUACAUUCAAUGUCUCAUGCGGGAUAUUCAUUCCAA